AUGCUGCGUGCUUUCUGAAGAGGGUCGACGUUAUAAAAUCUCACUCCAGGCUCUGGUGUGGAGAAACUCAGAGCCCAAGUACGUUGAGAGACUGAAGAGAAAGGGACAAGGAAAAAGAAAAGGAGAAGAGAAAGGAGAAGAAGAAGAAAACCUGCAGGAGGCACCCUGGGAGAAGUCCCUCUGCAGAGGCAGCAGUGCGGGCUCACCUGCCAAGGGAGGAGAAGAGAGCGUCCCUAACAUGCGGCUGCGGCUGCUGGUGUCUGCGGGCAUGCUGCUGGUGGCUAUGUCGCCCUGCCUGCCUUGCAGGGCCCUGCUGAGCAGGGGAUCCAUCCCCGGAUCGCCGCGGGCCCCGCAGCCCGUGAAUUUCUUGCAGCCUGAGCAGCCCCAGCAACCUCAGCCGGUUCUGAUCCGCAUGGGUGAAGAAUACUUCCUCCGCCUGGGGAACCUCAACAGAAGUCCCGCUGCUCGGCUGUCGCCCAACUCCACGCCCCUCACCGCGGGUCGCGGCAGCCGCCCCUCUCACGACCAGGCUGCUGCUAACUUUUUCCGCGUGUUGCUGCAGCAGCUGCAGAUGCCUCAGCGCUCGCUCGACAGCCGCGUGGAGCCGGCGAAACGCGGCGCCGAGGAUGCCCUCGGUGGCCACCAGGGAGCGCUGGAGAGGGAGAGGCGGUCCGAGGAACCGCCCAUCUCUCUGGAUCUCACCUUCCAUCUUCUGCGGGAAGUCUUGGAAAUGGCCAGGGCAGAGCAGUUAGCUCAGCAAGCUCACAGCAACAGGAAACUGAUGGAGAUUAUUGGGAAAUGAAAUGUUGCGCUUGGCCAAAACGAUUCUGCAUUUAGCACACAAGUAAACAUAAAAAAUUUAAAACACAUUAUUCUGUACCAUAUUGCAGCUCUGAUAUCAUUUGUUUAUUUUUAUAUAGCUUGAAGCAUAGAAAAUGUACAGGGAGAGAGUCUAUAUACCCCUUAAUUAGCAUGCACAAAGUGUGUUUCUGUGUAGUACCAAAACAGCGUUAUUUGUAUUGCCCAUGCUUUGUUUCCAUGUGCAAAUAAGUGUCGUUAUAGCCAGUAUCUUAAAGAAAAUGUGGACCCAAGGAGGAAACCUUUAAAAAAGCAGAUUGAAGUCACCCAGUUGUUUUUAUUUGGAACUACAGUGAAAGAGAAUUCAUUCUUGAGGAGUGACUAGGACGAAAUGUAUAAGCUCUUUGAAUCAACUUUUUCUUGCAAAUGUUUCAAUAAUAAAACAGCUUCCUGAUCCUUGGCUAAUUUGGUUGUGCAAAAGAACGUUGAAUAUAUUUUUAAUAAAAUCUGCAAAGGUU